AUGAAAUUGGAGGCUGCAUCCUCUAGUGGGAUGAUUUGUGCAAUCAGUGCUUUGGCAUUUAAUUUAUUUAUGGUGUUAUGGGCAAAAUAUCCAGCAUUCAUGAAUAAUGGGUCUAAGAUGAAAAUGUGGAUAUCAUUGGGGAUGUGCUUGAUUACGCCUAUUUUUAUUAUGUGUACAAACUACAUUAUUCAAACAUCAAGAUAUAUUAUUGUAAAAUACAGGGGAUGCACGGUGACAUAUGCGCUCUCCCCGGUAUCAAUUGUUUUAUAUUCUAUGUGGAAUAUAAUCUGGGCAGCAGUUGCGGUUGUCUUUUCUGUUCUGACUUUAGCAGCAUACUGCAGGAAAAGAAAAGAUGUGAAGGAUAUACUAAGAUGCACAAACUCAGGAUUGAAUAUAAAAAGGUUUGCUAGGCUAUUGAUAUUUAACGUUUUAAUCGUUAUUGCAUUAGUUCCUGUGGCCGUUUACUUCUUCGUCAGCGACUUUAGCUUGUUUGAAGGAGACUUUGUCUGGUCUGAAAUUCAUAACGAAUACUGGGGAGAGAUUUUCUUCUUUGAUUUUGGAAUUGAAAUAGUCUAUGACAGAUGGGUUAAUAUUGCAUUAUCAGUUGUCACCUUCCUACUUUUCGGUCUAGGAUCUGAUGCAUUGGAAAUGUACAAAAAUGGAUUAUGUGUUAUUAGUCUUGGAAGGCUAUUCAAUAAGUCAACAAAAUCAGAUUCACAUCACCUAGAGCUAUUCCAUUUGACAAAGAAUAACAGUCCAACUAGUCAAUUUGCACUUUCGAAGAUGUCAACUCAAACAAGAGUCGGAAGUAACAGAUCUGAAUUGAGCAAACCAGCAAUGUGUGAAUUUAGAAAUGGAUUUAAUGAAAUAAAUGACGACAGUACUCUUGGUGGGUCGUCAACACUGAAUGCUCAUAGUCCUGAAGAAAAAAGUUUUGACUUAGAGAAGGGUAUAGCGUCCUCAAAUAGUAUCUCUGACUAUUUCAACGAAGAAGAGAUAGCAUCAAAGGAUGAGUUGAAAUACAUUAUGAGUCAAACAUUAAAUAAUGGCGAUGACGGAUUUGAUUAUAAUUAUCAAGUCAAAAAAAAAUAA